CAGACCGACAUCAGCCGCGCUCCGUCCGCUCGGCUCAGCAGCGACACCUGAACAGAAACACCGAACCCCGCGACCCGCAGCUCGGAUUAACGGCGAACCGCAGAGUCCGGAGUUCGGAGGAUGAUCCUCUCACAGCACUUCCGCUCUCUGCUGCUCCUGUCCAUCCUCGCCUCACACAGCUGUAAUGAUGGACUGCAGAGCUGCUUGGACAAGCAGAGGGUGAUGGGCGUGCUCCGUCAGAUGGAGAAGUUCCUAAAGGGACAGGAGAUCCGCUUCACUGAAGGCCUCCGGAUCAUGAAGUCCAAGCUCGCCAGCCUUCAGAACUCUGUGUCCAAGUUCCCACAAGCAGAUCAGUCUUCACCCUCGUCCUCCUGUCCUGCUCUGGAAGCUCCAGCCCACGGGAGGAAGUUUGGCUCCAAAUAUCUGGUGGGACAUGAGGUGCACUUUGCGUGUUCUCCAGGCUAUCAUCUGGUGGGACCAGGAACCCGCGUGUGCCAGGAGAACGGCAGCUGGAGUGGGGUCAGUGCGGUCUGUAAAGAUGUGAGUCAGUGUGCGAGUAACCCGUGUCUGAACGGCGGUACCUGUGUGGAGGGAGUGAACCAGUACAAGUGCACCUGCCCGCACAACUGGACCGGGAGCCGCUGUCAGCACCAGACUCAGACAGCUCCUCCGGAGUGGAGCGUGGUGAACGAUCCGGCGUUCAGCCGGAAGCCCCGCUGUGCUAAAGUGGACCGAGCGCAGCACUGCAGCUGUGACGCUGGCUUCCACAUGAGCGGCACCUCGGACAGCAGCAUCUGCCAGGAUGUGAACGAGUGCGAGGUGUAUAAAGCAGACAGCGGUGGGCUCCUGUGUGCCCAUGUUUGUGUGAACAUUCCAGGCUCGUAUCGCUGCUCCUGCCCCGGCGGCUACAAGCUGCUUGCAGAUGGCAGGAGCUGUGAGGAUGUGGAUGAGUGUCUUACGCAACAGCAUAACUGCAGCCGUGGCACCACCUGUGUCAACACCGGCGGAGGCUUCCAGUGCGUGAACCCCGAGUGCCCGCGCUCGCACGGAAACGUCAGCUACGUCAAGACCUCGCCUUUCCAGUGUGAGAGAAACCCCUGCCCCAUGGAGAGUCGUUCCUGCCCGCAGGCGCCAAAAACGGUCUCCUACCACUACAUCUCACUGCCCUCCAACCUGCGGACCCCAGCCACCCUGUUCCGCAUGGCCACCGCUGCCGCGCCGGGCCGCUCCGGCCCAGACAGCCUGCGCUUCGGCAUCGCCGGAGGGGGAGACGCGCGGAGCCUCUUCGCCAUGCAGCGCUCGGACCGCCAGACCGGCGAACUGAUCCUGGUCCAGCCGCUGGUCGGGCCGCAGGAGCUCAGCGUGGACGUGGACAUGGCGGAAUAUUCGGACCGCACCUUCCAGGCCAAACACUUGGCCCGAGUCCACGUGCUGGUCUCUCCCUAUGAGUUCUAAGGAGAACUUUAUCAGCCCUGCUGUUGUAUUGGGUGUUCAAGCAUUCAGCAAGUUGAAGAGCAGUUAAAGGAACAUUUUACCCCAAAAUGCAAUCAAGACUGUUUAUGAGCGAAAACCUGUGGGGACCAGUGAGCAUGAUCUCAUUAGCAUCAUACCCACUGGCCUCAGCAUCUCUCAUUCAUUACUGUGUUUCAGGGGCGUAGCCAAGGGGGGCCGAUAUAC